UUUGGCCGUUGGGAGGACCACAAACUAUGAGACGUGUUUCUAUUCCAACUUUUAGGAAAAUCAAGGAUGAAAAUGACGACAGUUACACGGUGUUUUGUGUGGAAGUUUGUGUCUCAGGAAGAGUUCACACUGUGGAGAAAAGAUACACAGAGUUUGAGGAACUCCAUAAACAGUUGAAGAAAAUUGAAAAAACACCAGAAUUCCCUCCAAAGAAGAUUAUGAAAUGGAAUCAUAAAGUUUUAGAACACCGACGUGUGGCUCUGCAGAAAUAUCUACAGGGAGUCAUGGAGUCUGAGAGCAUUCCAAAGUGUUAUCUAAAGUUUUUAGAAAUCAGCAUGCCAGCAUUUUCUGCAAGCUUUGACUCACUAGAUGACUUAAAUCUCAGCUCAACUGUUGUCCAUCAGCCUGUGGUGUCUUUUGUGGGAGAAGCAUUUUUACAAGACAAUUCCAGAAGUAGCUUACCGGACAUCAUUGUACAGGGUGUGAAUCGUGGGCUGUAUUCAUACCCUGAUGAUGUGUAGUCCAGAUCUCAGAUAUUGUCACAGUACAAGUCAAUUUUUUGUUAGUGUUUGGAAAUCUCUCCCAGACAGAGAACAAAUCAAGCAUCCUGUUGUAAAC